AGGAGGUGACUCUCCCUCUCCCUCUCCCUCUCCCUCUCUUGCCGCUGUUCCUGCCUCAUCCAUAAUCCACCCUGUCUUGAGUACGAGUUCAAGUAUCAAUCAUCGUCUAUUGCUUGUAAUCGGCCUUUCACUGUUGAUGGCCGCUGUUUCCGUAGGGCGUAUAGUAGGACCGGUAGUCGUCGGAAGCCCGCGACCGGUCGCAGGAUGCACACGAGAUAGUCCUAGCGCUAAAGAUCUCACCACAACAGUUGUCGGUUUCGCCGAUCAUUCUUCAAAGGAGAUGCCGUUCAAGGAUAGCGACCAGUUCCGCAGAAGCGACCGGUCGCUCGCCGGUGAUCCCUCCCUGGCGCCCUUUUCGUUGCUGAACGCCGACCUCUUUGCCCCUGGCACAGGUAAGGUCAUCCUCAUUCACCAAGCCGAACCACCUUUCGAGCCCGCGACCAGUUCAUCGUAUGAAACAAGGUCUGUUAUCCGCAGCAUCGUCUUCGUUCCCAACUCCACCAUCUUCUAUUACAUCUUAGAUCAACGGCGACUGGUCGUCGGAAGCGAAACGAUGAGUCAUCAAUCGGUAUCUUACAGAAAGGGAGAUCUCCUCCCGAUAAGGGAGGGGGGCGGCAAUCCCGGGGGCAAUGACAGUCUCAUUGUGCCUGAGCUGAUCAGCUAUUGGUGGCCGUACGAUACUCCGGACGGGAUCGGGAUCUCCACGCGCGUACUCUUCAACGCAUCAGAGAACGCUACCGAUCUGGCGCUCGUGUACGGCAUGGAGAUCACCGGAUCGGGAUCCCGUCUUGUCCUCCCCACCGUCCGGAGAGAACCUAACCACCUCCCCGAGCCAUCGCGAUUAACCUUCCUGUCCGUCGGCGAUGGAAGCCGGAACUCCACCAUCUUACCUGCUGCUGACCGCCUCUUUUAUCUGUCGUACAACCCGGCAAAAACCGAUCUGUUCAUGAUAGACAAGCAGAAACCGGCGCGCCUUCUUUCCAUCCCCGUCGACGACGAUGGCCUGCCGGUCAACACGUCAGCGCUGACCAUCGUCAAGACCUUUCUGUUAUCGUCGGGAUCCGACAGUCCGGCCCAGAUUUACAUGAGCCGCCAGUGCUUUGUGUCGGACGGAAGGUGUCUGUACUUCCGUGAGGAGACACGUGGCCAGAUCUACGCCAUCGACACCAGAUCGGCUUCCCGCCAAAUUACACACAUCGCUGGACGUCCUGGAAGCGAUCCUCUCGGGGAUGGACCGGCCUUGAACGCCUCCUUCGCGGAUCUUCGAGAGAUGGUGGCUACUCCCGACGGGUGUAAUAUCUUCGUCACGGAGCUGGAAGGCUAUGUGCGCUGGAUAAAGCUGAACGCUACAUGCCAGGCGGGAGGGAUGGUGGAGACGGUAGCGAGGCACAACAGCGCUCGUCUGUGGGGCUUGGCUCUGCACAGGUACGCCGGUCGAUUAUUUCUUUACGUAGGGAGUGUUGAUGGUCGCAUUUUCGAGCUGGAAAUCCAAGAAUCCCAUCUACACACCUGCGUCUCUCCUUCUCCUUCUUCUCCUCUCCCUCCUCCUCCCUCCUCCUCCUCCUCCACCUCCUCUCCUUCGCCAGAUUCGUCCGUCUUCUUCCCCCCCCCCUCCUCCCACACUUUGUCCCCUUCCCCUUCUGAAGAGGCGAUACUCUCUCCCGCAGCUCCGUCAAUCCCUGUGGUCCAUCCUGCACCUGACGACGGUAAUCAAUCGUCCUCCUCUGGCUUGGCACAUAAUCUCCCUUUUGUGAUCGGCCUUUCCCUCGGGGCUGUUGUCAUUGCGGCUGCCAUCUUUGGCGUGGUACUGGCGCGCUACUGCAGACAAGAACGCAGAUCUCGCCCAUCUGUCGCCAAUCAACAUCAACGGCAAAGCUCCUCCGUGUCCAUGACGACGGACGGGACCGGGACUCAGCCGUCUGGCGCAUCCUUGCUGGGAUCCCGAUCUGAAGACGACCGCGAUCUGCAGCCAACUCAGGUCGUCCGAUUCAGUCUGAAGGAGCUCUCCCGGUGCUGCGGCAACUUCGAUGACAGUCGGCUGGUGGGCGAUGCAGGCGCGUUCGGCCAAGUCUAUCGCGGAGUGAUUGAGGGGACAGAGGUGGCACUCAAGGUGAUGACAAGCGAUCUAACGGCCAUCAAGAAGAAACAGUUUCGCGCGGAAGUCAACACGCUCAGCAUGCUUAAUCACCAUAACCUAAUCCGUCUCAAAGGGUAUUGUCAGGAGAAGAACCGCGCGAUCUUGGUCUACCCUUACGUAGCCGGCGGCAGCCUUCACGCGAGAUUGCACAAGAGAGAGAACGCCAUCCCUGGACAACCGACGCCUCCUCCUCUUAGCCUGAUGGACCGCAUGUUGCUUGCGCUACAUAUUGCGGAGGGGCUGAGGUACCUCCACGAAGGUGCUCGCCCGCCGGUCAUUCAUCGGGACAUCAAGAGCAGCAAUGUCUUGAUUGAAGAUGGUCCGAGCGGGAAGCUGCACGCCGUCUUGGCAGAUUUCGGCCUCGCCAAAAUAGGAAGCGAAAUUUUUGGAACGUCUCAUCAACAGCACGUGCAGACAUCGCACAUCGCCGGCACUUUCGGAUACAUGGCGCCAGAGUACAUGCUUGAUGGCAGGCUCUCCGUGAAGAAUGACGUGUUCGCCUUCGGCGUGAUGAUCCUUGAGCUGCUGACGGGGAGGAAGGCGGUCACAAAGACUUCUUCUGGCGUGGGAUGGGUGCCGCUUGUCGAAUGGGUGAGGCCCUUCGUCGACCAGCAGAGCAGCAGUCUGUUCGGUCCUGGCAUGCCAGACGCGAUCCUGGACCCCUGCUUAAAAGAUCGGUGGGUCUUGACUGCUGCAGAGAGGCAGAUGGCGAUGGAGAUGCUUCGACUGGGGUUGGACUCUGCCCAUGAACGCGACGUCAUGCGACCAACGAUGGGAGAAGUGGUGGACGCAAUCCGCAAUAUCUGGCGUCAGGAUGAGAGCGAGGGGGAAGGGUAUAAGUGGUAUUGUGCGAAUCGCGUGGAAGGGCAGGGGUUCAAGAAGCAGAGCGAGGAUGGAGAUCUAUUAUCUGUUUCAGCUGUUCUCCCUUCUUUGAUUUCUGCUGGGAGACGGUGGUUGGAGCUGCAGGUCCAGGCUGCUGCCACCGUAACGCCCUCCGCCGCAUCCUCCCGGUGCCCACCCAAACUGGAUGACAUUCCAGUUUUCUGUGAUAAGUCCAAGACGGAACUGAUCCCGUGGUGGCGCCAGUUCACUCUUAGGCUCGACAUGCACCAUGUCCCGAACAACGAUCGGCAUCCGUGUUUGUUCCACCGAUCUGGUGGUGCGUGUCAAGCAUGGCUAGACAACAUCUUGACCAGCCACGGCGUAGCAGUGUCGGAACUGCACACCAAGCUCACUUGGCAGGAGUUGACUGACGCCUGGCACAAGCGAUUCCAAGUGGAGCCGCCYGACCUGCAAGCGAUGGACAARCUCAACAAGCUCCAUCAGAACACGCUGCUCAGUCAGGACUGGAUUACCGAGUUCCAAAGACUCGCCUGCACACCUGACCUGCCACUCGCAUUCCGCGCCAUCAAGUACUUGUUUAUCAUGCACUCAUGUCUAGCUCUGCAAAACGCACUGACGCAGAUUGCAGAGACACUCGACACAUCUCACAAGAUUUUCAGCACAGCGUCACGCAUCAUUCUCACGAAUAUCGAAGCCCUCAACGCCGGCCGAUCUUCCGCGACGACGAGCGGCACCCAGCUCAAGCCAAAGGUUCAUUGGGUUGAGCGCUUGCUAGACGUUGAGUUGACUUACAACUCAUCGAUCCACCCGGCUAUCGGGAUAUCGCCAAUCAAGUUUGAGCAUGGUUCACCCAUCUCAUCGUCGUUGGACGCCAUUUUGCCGCGCACAACCGAGAGCGAUGACCAUCUUGCGUUCCUUCGUCGCAUGCAAGAGCUUCUUGUCAAGGCACGGGAUCAGAUGUCGAAGACGCAAAUACGGAUGAGCCGUCAAGCCAAUCGCAAUCGCCUUCCUUGCCCGUUCCGCGCCGGCGAUCUGGUUUGGGUCUCCGCCGCGGAGUUCAGCCUUGAGCAAGACAUCUCUCGCAAGCUCCUUCCCAAGUGGAUGGGGCCUUGGCGCAUUCUCUCCGCGGUUGGUGAUGAUCCCGAGGGGCCUUCAUUCCGCAUUGCGGUGCCACCUCAAUUGCCCGUCCACACGGUGUUCCACUGCUCCAAACUUGCUCCUUUCGUCUCAGCGGAGUCCGACGAGUUUCCCGAUCGACGUACGCAAGACCCUCCUUCCAUGGACGGAUUUGAGGAGGCCGGCUACAUCAUCACCGACCGGCGCCAUGGCAACAAAGAAACAGAGUUUCUACUUCACUUUUCCUACUGCAGCCACAAGGCUAACCGUUGGCUGACGCGUUCAUUACUGCAGACCACAACUCCCGCCGUUCUCUCACAUUAUCUUAGCGAAGGGAAGACUACGCCGAGCACUCCAGCUCCUCGCAUUCCUCGCUACAUUCCGCCAUUGGAUCGGCAGCUUCGCCCGCGCCCCGGCUCGUCUUCAUAAGGAGCGGGGCGUGUUACAUGUUGAAAGCCUACACACGGGCCCCUCACGGGACCCGAGGUUGGAAUAGGGCCCCCAGGUCG